UCAGGUUUUUAUACGGACGCAGCCUUCGCUCGAGCGAGCAAGGGCGGACAUGCAAUUUUGAAUGUAAUUUUGCAUUUUGCUUCGGGGGCACUGCCCCAGACUCGCCAAAGGGCGCUGCCCUCUGGAUCGCCGCGAGCUGACUGGGCAGCUCGAUCCCCGUCAUAAUCAGCAAAGUGGCAAUCUUGAAAGUAUUAACAUCACAAACUUCUCUGCAAUGCACAAUUCGAGUUGGAUUCGCAUCUAAAACUCAUAUUCUCACUGACAUACAAGAGCGAAUAAAAUUACAAUUGAAAGGAGUUUUGUCAAACGGGAUUGCCAAGAAUAAAAACCUAACAAUGUCAUUGAAUGGCUAGUUAACAUUUGGGGGUACCCUUUUUUUUUACAGGUUCAUUUCCUAUGAUUCCCCUACCAAGUACAUAGAGACUCAAUUAGGUGAUUUAUUGACUUCUAAUGGAAACUUACUUUUGCUUCAUAAGUAAUAUAAAGAAACGAAAAUGGUAUGCAAGUUUUUGACAUGUUUUCCUACAGAAGAUAAGUUGUCUCAGUCAUGGAGUCCUGGCUUGCCCAUGUUGCAACAAACAAAUGUGUUUUACCCCCCAAAGGUUAGAAAAUAUUUGUUACGUUUUUUACUGUUAUUUUUAUUGUUUCGUGUUACUGGGUGUUUUAUUACUUGGAUGUUUUGUGCCAUAGCAUCCAGUUUUUUUCGCUUUCUAUUUUUUCUUGCAAGGCUUGUAGUAGGAAGACAGAGAAAGAGAAGAGUGAAGUGACAAAAUAAGUUAAUGACCUACAAUGUAGGACAAGAUGAGGUUAACUACUCCUACUAGUAGUGAACCCAAGCCUAAUAAAUAGCAACUGAAAAAUAGGCUUUGAAGGGGUGACAUUGGUUGUUGAAAGGUGGAUGGGUUGUAAAUUAUAAGGAUUUAAGGGUUCUAAAAAUUGCAACAAAAGGUAGUGAUUUGAGAUUGAAGACACCAAAUUUUGGGGUUGUUCUUAUACUCUUCAAUUCUUUAUCUUAAAUUUCCUUUUUUUGAUAAGUAAACAAUUUUAUAAACCGAGGCCCCUAUGGGAAUGCUUAUUGUGUAUAAAAAGAUGCCAUUGCCAAAAGGCACUUUACACGUCCUUGCAUAUCCAAAAGCUCUACAAAUUCUAUAUUUGGUCUAGACCUAUGGUGUACAUGUUCUUGGAUAUAGGUGUCAGUUGUGGGCGUGAGCCUGGGCUUUGGUCUUGAAAAGCUUCUAGGGGAUAGUGUUGUACUAUGAAGUACGGGUACUCAAAAAAUAUUGCCGUACAAGUACCGGGUACUUACUCAAUGCGGGUACGCAUCCGGUACGACUGCAUGCGUACGAGGUAUGCUAAAAAUGCACCGGGUACAUUUUAUACGAUCAGUAUAAUGAAGGGUACGCCAUGGGUACGUUUUUGGGUACUUCGGGAUACAAAACGAGAUUUUUUACAAAUUAAAGGAUAUCGGAGCAAAUUUUUGGUCUAUUUAAAAAAAUUAUAUAAAUUUGGGGUACUUUUGUAAUAAACAAAACAUGAAACAAUUUAAAAUCAGGGUUGUUCUACUCUAUUCGAUUGUCUCUCUCUUUUCCUUGAAACACCGAGAGACUCCCAAGAGCUGAAGAACUCCUUCCUGCGAAGGUAUUGAAGAGGUUUAAUCGAAGGUGCUAAUCAAUUCUCUGCUUUAAAGAUCACAUUCCGAUUUUUUUUGUGUUUCUUCGCAGCAAACGAAGAACGAAGACAUAUCAUUUUUCAUUUUUUUUUUCCAGAUUUUUUUUCUUUGUUCUGUCCAUCUUCGAUCUCUUUGUUCUUCGAUUCUUCCACUUCUUUCAUUUUUUUUUUCCAGAAUUUUUUUUUUUUUGUUUCUUCGCAGCAAACGAAGAGCGAAGACAUAUCAUUCUUCCUCCUCCGCUCCAAUGACAAAUCCUCUUCUCGUCAGGUUCAUUUCCUAUGAUUCCCCUACUGAGUACAUAAAGACUCAAUUAGAAGAUACGUUGUCUCAGUCAUGGUGUCCUCGCUUGUCCAUGCUGCAGCAAACAGAUGUGUUUUCCCCCCCAAAGGCAUUUAAACGAAUGCAAUGGGUAGAGACUGUAGAAGAAAUGCAGCAAUUUCUUAUGCUAAGAUGCAGGGAAAAGAUGCACUCAAGGCCCACCAGCAUAGUCAAACUUGAAGAUAUGCAUGUGAUCAGGUACGAUUUGAACAAAAGGAUUUUGGAAGGAAAACGGGAUUCUAUGUAGGUGAAGGUUUGUGUGCACGGGUUUGCGCAGUUAGGGCUACAAAUAAAUUGUAUUAUUUGUGAAUCAUUCGAGCUUGGCUCAUUUGAAAUUUAUUUAAACUUAAUUUGUUUAUUAAAUGAACUAGUUUGAACUCAAUUAGACUUUCAAUAUUUUGAAUAAUAAGCACUGUUAUCAUAUGUCACAGUUAUGAUGUUUAUAAUAUUUAGUUAUGAUUUA